UUUCAUGGUUUCAUUCUCAUGCGAUCACGGCAAUCACGGUUUCAGUUGUGUGUUGUGUUGUGUGAAUGUUGUGCGUCGAGUCCUGCGCUCUACUUGAGGUCAUGUGCCGAUCCAGUUUGUCACUUUAAAUUCCCAAGAUGUGUGACGAUCGGUGCAUUUUUGUCGUGCCAAAGAAGGGUCGACGAUGCAGGAUGCGAGCGCUGGCCGGUCAUGACUAUUGCGGCGAACACGUCUUGAGGUGCGACCUGAAAAACAGCACCGGUCACGAUCGCAUAACCUGUCCUCUGGACGCUACACACACUUGCUCGGCCGCACUGCUGAGUAAGCACCUGAAAAAAUGCAACGCAAAAGCCAAGGAAGCUCACGAAUACUUUGUAAGGAACAUCAACUCCGGUCUCCCGAAACCUGAAGGCUCCCAAAACUCUACCAAGCUGUUUCUCAAGGAUGUGAGUGAUGAAGAACUGCUGGCCACCAUCGAGAAACUGGAAAGAAUUUCUGAAGCCCUUGCAGAUCGGCCGGAGACGUACGUGGGGCUUCACGAAGGCCUGUCUGCCGAGCUGGACGAGCUCUCGGACUGUGCGGUCGCCCAGAAACACUUGAGGCAGAAGGCAGCGCUGCUUGGCUUAGCCGAGAGUCGUGGCCUCCUCGGCGGACAGGCCUGCUACGUUGAAUUCGGGGCUGGCAGAGGGCGUCUGUCUUAUUGGCUGGCCAAAAUCCUCUCUGGGAAAGGAUGCCGCUUUCUCCUAGUCGAUCGGGCGUCGUCUCGACAUAAGUUUGAGAACAAGAUACGCAGGGAGGAGCAGGAGAACAGCUCGGAAAUUCGGAGGUUACAGAUUGACAUUGAGCACCUUUGCCUAGGUAACGUCGACCUUGUGAAAGUACAUGAGGGACGUCUAGUCGGGCUCUGCAAACACUUGUGUGGAGAAGCCACAGAUUUUGCCAUUCGCUGCCUCGUUGAGACGACGGCAAAAACAUCCGACUCGGGUGCUGCCACGUCUGCACUGCAGGGUUUGCUGAUGGCCGUCUGCUGCCACCAUCGCUGCCGGUGGGCUUCCUUUGUGGGCCGGCCCUUCCUGGAACAGGUCGGGGUGUCGGCGAGACUUCGAGUUGCUCACGUGCCUCGCCGGAUGGGCCACUUGCGCGGCAAGGGAGGCACGCUCCAAUGCACAAGCCAACGAAGACAAUCUUUCAGACUCGCCGGAGGUUGCCGUAAACAGGUACGUGCGGAUGAACCUGUCCAUUGAGCGCCGAGAGGAGAUAGGCUGUCGCUGCAAGCUUCUUUUGGACAUCGCCCGGAUACGCUGCCUGGCUACAGCGGGCCUGGACGCACGUCUGGUCUACUUCGUCGACCGCAGCGUCACUCCCGAGAACGUCGCCAUCGUCGCUGUCCCCCGAACACCACCCCCCUGUUGACGUCUUUUUUUACGACUUGAGUAGACUAUCGUUGACUCGAGGCUUGUUCGCACUCUUGCGACGGAUUACAACCAUGUGCCUUAAAGCCACCUGAAAUAUUUUACGACGAGAGAGCACACUGACAACAUCUGUUGGGAAGCCGUGAAACACUUUCAGUUUUUGUAUUUCUUUUAUCUCGCAAAUAGUGAAAAACCUUCGCUCUAGUAAAAUGCAGUUCUGGGGUUACCUCAUGAUGGCGUCAGUGUGCCAGCGUAUUCUCUCGUGAGAAAUUGCAACAACUUUGCCGUAAGCAGAUCGUGAAGCAGACGCAAGUGCAUGAAUGGGCUUUUAGUCUCGAAGAGAUCGGUCGGUUCUGUUUCGAGUGGUCAGUCAUGACGGACGGUCAUAAAAGUUGCCGCUCUAACUCUUCACCAGAAAGCUCUGAAAAUAAAAGUGCAGCAUGUUUCUCUAUGGAGGA